AUGUAAUUAUAAGCCAAAAUAACAUAAAGAAAAGAUUGCUAUGUUAGUCUACCCAGAAUGUUUUAAUAAUUCACAACAUAAUCAUUUUCUUAAGGAAAUCUAUGUUAAGUGAUAAAAGGGUAAUGAUUUCUUCAUUAUUAAAGUGAAUUAAUGAAGACCUAAUAAAUUGCAUAUUUUGGAUGUUAAGGUAUUUCAGAAGAUAAUCAUAUUGAAAUUGGAUUUUAAUUUGCAUAACUUUUAAAUAUUGAUGAUGAUGAUUAUAUACAAAUAACAACAAGUAAUUAUUACUUUAGAAUAAAUUUAAGUCUCAAAUUGCAAUCAAUCAAGUGCCAUAACUAUAUAUGUUCAAAAAUGGUCAGAUUAUAUGAUAGUUCAACAUUAAAAGGAAAUAUUUGAAACAGAACUCCUUAAUAAAAUUUAAAUUGUAUAUAAUGAAUUACUUUUUCCAAUAUUUUAUUAAGAAGGAUAAUUUGUUACUUUUACUUUCAAAGCAUAAGAUUAUAAUGGCCCUAUUGCUAUAAGUCGUAAUUGUGAAAUUAAUAUUUUAAUUGAAGAAGCAUAAAAACCAGAACAAAAAUUGGAUUUAAUUGAAUUAAAUGUACUACUUUUAGAUUAAGAUUAUUUUGAAUCAUUUAUUGAAAUAAAUACAGAACUAUAUCAUAAUAAUAGAUUGGAUAAAUUAUAUUAAAUAACUUAUUCAUCUUCAUUUCCUAAAUCAUACAGAAAUUAUGUUAAAUAUGCCAAACAUUUAAAAAAAAACAAAUAAAAAUAAAAUAUUCCUAAAACUGCAAUUGUAUAAUUCAAAUAUAAUAAUAAAAUUAAUACAAAAUAUUGUUUCAUUUCCAAAUAUUAUGCUAAACAUCUUGGUAUAAGAGAAGGUUAAGUGAUUUUAAUUAAUACAUAAGAACAUGAUAUUAGUAAAGAAGCAAAUAUUAGAAUAUUCAAAAGAAAUUAAUUUAUAUUUUAAAAAAUAUAUUUCAAUUUCUAUACAGAUUUAUCUUUAAGCAAAGAUACUGUCAUCAAAUCAAUAUUAGAAAAAAUAGAAAAAAAUUAAUAAACUGUUCUACAAAGUAAUUAAUGAUUAAAAUAUUAGGCAGAGUUCAUUUUAAUUAAGAACAUCUCUAUUUUUUGAGGAUUGUUUAAUUAAUAGGUAAUUAACCAGAGCAUUUAUUAUAAACAUUAUCAAUUGUAAAUGAACAUAAUGAACCUAAAGUAAUUGGUGAAAGAGAAAAAGGAUUGCUUAAUAAAUAUUUAGAGGAACAUAUUAGAAUACUUGGAUUUACAAGUCCAAUUUAAAAAGAAAUCAAACUUACUUAAUACUAAGGUUUGAGAUAAAAAAAGGUUCUUUAAUAAGAUUAUUAAUUAUUUUUAUAAUUAUUUGAUGAACCAAUAAAAUAAUUAGAAUCAAUUUUAAAUUAAGAAUCAAAAUCUUAAUGUUUGAUUAGUUGUAAAGAAAUUUAGGCAAUGUAAAUAUUGAUUUAAUAUUUAAAAACAAAUUAUGAAGUAAUUAAAUUAAAUUUAGAUAAAUUAAAUCAGCAAGGAUAAAAUGAAAAACUAUAAAAUGGUAAAAUUAUUAAUUUAAAAUAGUUAAAAAAUUUAUCAAACAUAUUUUUUGGUAAUCAAGAUAAGUUUCUGUUAAAGAUAUACUUAUAGUAGUAAAAGGAGUUGAAUCUAUUAAAAGUAUUGAUUUAAUUGAUUUCUAAUAAUCAUUCUAAAUACUUAUUUCAAAUGUAAUUUUAUAUCAUUAAUAUAGGUCUUAAGUAAAAUUAUUAGAAAUUAAAUUAUGGAAUAUCCAAAAAUUAAAUUAAUAGUGGUUUCCCCAUCUAAAGAUUAUUUAAAUUUCAAUCUAUAAAGUAUUUAAUAUUAUUAUUUAAUAUUAGAAAUAUUUUCAAAGGAUGCAAUUAUUGAAUUUAAUAAACCAAAAUAAGAACUUAGAUAAAGAAUUUUUGAAUAAUGUUAUCAUUCUCAAGAAAUUAAAAAAUCUGCUGAAUUUUUAGCAUCAAAAUCUGAAAAUUUCAAUUAUUCUUAAUUUUAUGCUUUAUAAAAGAGAGAAAAAUAUUAAGAAGAAUUGAAUCAAUAAAUAUCAGAAGAAUGGAUUUUAUAAUAAAUUAAUGACUUAUAAGAUUAAUAAGUGUAAUUAAAUAAAAAAAUACCAACUUUUAAAGAAAUAGGUGGUCUUCAAGAAUAAAAAUAAAUAAUUUUAGAUCUAUUUGAUUUACCUAUGAGAUAUGAGCAUUUGUUUGCAAAAUCCAAAAUUAAACUACCAAAAAGUGUUUUAAUUUAUGGUAUGCCAGGUUGUGGAAAAACCUAUUUUAGUUUGAGCAUUUGCAAUGAAUUAAAUAUUAAUGUAUUAACAGUAAAGGGACCUGAAUUACUAGAUAAAUACAUAGGUAUAUUAAGUAAUAAUAAAUUAAAGGAUCAUCUGAGUAAAAUGUUAGAGAUCUUUUUUAAAAGGCUUAAUCAUUGUCUCCUUGCAUUAUAUUUUUGGAUGAAAUAGAUUCGGUUGUACCUGUAAGAACAUCUUCACAUUCUGGAGUUACAGAUAGAGUUGUCAAUUAAUUUUUAUGUUAUCUCGAUGGAGUGGAAGAAGGAAUGAAGGGAGUAUACAUAGUAGCUGCUUCAAGUAGACCUGAUUUAAUUGAUCCAGCCAUUUUAAGGCCAGGGAGAAUAGAUAAACAUGUUAGAAUAGAUUUACCUAAUAAUGAAGAAAUACUUUAAAUUUUAAAUAUUUAUAAAGGACCAUUAGAGUUUGAUGGAAUUACAGAAUAAGAGAUAGCUGAUUAAUUGUUUGGAUUAUCUUAAGCAGAUGUUGUCUCAUUUUUCAAAGAAGCCAGAAUAUAUUUAACUGAUAGAAUAGUUUAAUUAGAAGACUUUAGUCUAAAAAGAAAGGUGGAAAAAAUAGAAGAUUUUAAAUUAACGAAGGAAUUAUUUUAAGAUAUUAUGAAGAGCAUGAAACCAAGUUUGAGUUAAAAAUAAAUACUCUUUUAUAAAGAUGUUUAUAAUAGAUUUGAGAAGGGAGGUAUAAAAGAUAUGAGUAAUCAAAAAUAAGCUUUAUAGUGA